AUGCAUGCCAGAGAGGCUCUUCCUCGUGAAGACGUGAUCAAAUUUGUGCUAAACUGCCAAAAACCGAAUGGAGGGUUCGGAGCCGCGCCAAAUCACGACGCCCACAUCACUUUCACGCUUUCGGCUGUUCAAAUUCUUCUGAUUGAGGAUGCUCUCGACAAGAUUGAUGCCGACCAGAUUGCAGACUACAUUGUCUCGCUGCACAAUCAGGAGACGGGUGAGGUCUCGGGUGAUGAAUACGGCGAGGUGGAUACUCGGUUCCUGUACAUUGCUCUCAACUGCUUGUCUAUCCUGGGAAAGUUGGAUAGACUGAACGUGGAAGCUAUGGCCAAAUGGAUAGCUGCUUGCCAGAAUCUUGAUGGUGGCUUUGGAAUGGUUCCCGGAGCAGAGAGUCAUGCUGCUCAGGCCUUCACAUGCAUUGGAGCUCUCACUAUAGCCGGAAAGCUGGAUCUGAUAGAUGGGGAUUUGGCCUGUUGGUGGCUCAGUGAACGGCAACUGCCAGAGGGAGGACUCAAUGGUCGACCGGAGAAACUGCCGGACGUGUGUUACUCGUGGUGGGUGCUGUCUUGUCUGGCCAUGAUGAAGAAGCUGCAUUGGAUCAACCGAGACAAACUACGAGAUUUCAUUUUGAAAGCUCAAGACGAAGAUGAUGGAGGUAUUGCUGAUCGAGAGGGUGACGUGGCCGACGUAUUUCACACGAAUUUUGGCCUCUGUGGCUUGUCACUGCUGGGUACAGAUGGUCUGGAUCAAGUGAACCCUGUCUACUGUCUUCCCCAGAAGGUUAUGCAUAGAGUCAAGCAGGAUCCUUGGAACGGUAAGGAUUUGAGCAAGUAA